UGAACACCGACCGCCUGUUUUUAACGGUUAACGCGCUGACAGUGAAAUUAUUUAAAUAUUUAAAAUCUAAUUAUUAAUUGAGAUAAAUCUGGUCAUAAUCAGAAAUUUGUGAUUUCAUUUGUAUUUAAUCAACAUCCACGUGUUUACUAUGUCCAGAGACGAUAUGAUUAGGGAAAUACUCGAAUUAAGAGAAAAGUGCAGGAAUAACCAAAAAUUUUUAAAAAGUCAGACUAAACAAAUCCAUGAUGCAAAAGAGGAAUUGUCUAGACUUACAACCACCAACGGGGAGCAAAUUAAGCAACUAGAACAAUUGAAGAUAGGUGCAGAUGACAAACGAAAUGUGCUCCAAAAGGAACAUGCUGCACUAGCUGCAGAAGUUCACAGUAUGCAGCACCAAAAUGAUGAAGAAAUUGAUAAACAAAAAUCAGUCUUACUCACAAGGCAGAUUUAUUUGAAGAAAUGCCAAGAGGACAUAAAUCUAGCUAAACAGGAAACAGUUCCAGAUAAACCAUGUAAUUCUACCAGUGGAAUUCAAGUAUUACUUGAUGUGCAAAACCAAAGGGAUAACUUGAAAGAUGAAGCAGCAAAACAAGUAGUUGAUAAUGAAGUGCUCCUUUCUAAAUUCAAAGCAGCCCAGGAAAGUCACAAAAUCCUAGAUGAGAAAUGUGAACAUAAUAAAACACACAUGCAAGAAGCCUCUUCACUGAAAGAACUCCUUGAAUGUGAUUUAAUGGCAUUAAAAGCCGAAUUUCAUGGUUUGGAUGUGCCUGAAGUUGAUAACAGGCCAAAAUCACUGUUUGAUGAAGUCAAUGAUGGUAGAGAAGUGCUCCAAACAAAUGUAGUCAAGUUGAAUGACAACUACAUUGAUAUGUCCAAGAAACAGAGUAGUUUGAUGCAACAAUUAAAUAGUUUACAACAGGAAAAGAAACACCUGAAACACAAGUGUGAAGAAAACAGAAGAGAUAGUCAUUUUGAUAAAUUUCUUAUACAAUGCACUUACAAGGAUUUCGUUGCUGUACUUCCUGGCCUUGAUGAGGAACUAAAAACUCUGAUUAAAGAGCGUGAAUAUCUACAUAACAAUGUUAGCAAAGGUGAAAGAAGUGUUCAGUUCUUUCAAGUUAUUGACAAAAUCAAUCGCAAAAUUAAAGACCUGGAUCCGAAAAUAAUAAAGGAGAGUUGUGAAAAUUCUAAUUUACAGUUUAAAAUAACUAAGAAAGAGAAAGAAUUGGGAAGCUUGCAAGAAAAAGUUAAAGAGAUGCAUACAAUCAAUGAGGGUUUAAAGACUGAUAUUGAGUUGGUAGAUUGUCAAGAAGUUAAUGAUAAGUUGGUUUGCAUAUGUUCAGUGCAAAAGAAAUAAAAUUGACAGUAAAAUUACAAUUAUUCAAAGUUUAUCAUGUUUAUGUAAUAGAUCUUUGGUUAAAUAGGUGUAUAAUUGUUGAAUUGCUGUUCGAAAAUGCUAAACUAAUAAAAUAAUUCAUUCAGUACCAUGAAAA